AUGCGUUUCACCGCUGCCACCGUUGCUCUCUUCGCCACCCUCGCUGUUGCCCUCCCCGGCGGUGACGUCGAGACCGUUUACUCGACCGAGGACGUGACCAUCACCUCCUGCGCUCCUACCGUCACCGACUGCCCGGGCCGCGCCACCUCCACCCCCGAGGGUGUUGAGGCUACCAGCACUCCCGCUGUCCCCGUGGUCCCUACCACCACCCCCGUUGCCUCCGUCCCUCCUCAGGUGCCCAGCAGCAGCGUUCCCUCCGUGGCUCCCAGCGUGGUUCCCAGCAACCCCGCCCCCGUUGUCCCCAGCGUCUCGGUGAUCCCCGUCACCACCUGCGUCCCCACCGUCACCUACUCGACCAUCACCUACACUCCUACCUCCAAGCCCCCCAAGACCUCGGUCCCCGUCAUCCCCACUGGCGGCCCUGCUCCUAGCGCCAGCGCGACUCCCUCCACCUCCGCUCCUGGCCCCGUCUUCACCGGUGCUGCCAGCUCCGUCGGCAACUCCUUCGCUUUCGCUGGUGCUGCCGCCGCUGCCGCCCUCUUCUUGGCUUAA